AAUCAUGGCAUGUGCUGAAUAUCCAACAUUCUGUGAUAUUUGCAAGAAGGGGCCUUUUGCCGGUGUCAUUCCAGCUCAGCAGCAUUUUAGGAGCCAAGCUCACAUAUCUAAGGAAACUCAACAAAAACUGUUCUCUCAGCAGUCACAGACUUAUGUUUCUUCAUGUAAUGCUUGUGGAAAGAAAUUCAACAAUGAGUUGAGUGCUGAACAACAUUUUGCAAGUGAAAAUCAUAAAAAGAAAGAAGCACUCCUGCAGAGAACUACGACACAGAUUUAUAGCAGGUCCAAUUCUGCAACAUCUGAUAUUGAAUUUGAUUCACCUUCACUAGAACCAUCACUGUACCCUAGUGAAAAUUUGGUUAACAUUCAGCCAAAACCCAGGGAUCAACCAGACCCCAUAAAAUAUCAAAGACAGACUGAAUAUGUAUUUGAUGAGAAGGGUUGCAGAGGUUUCUGUAAUGUAUGCAAGAUUGACCUUACAUCACGUCAACAUGCAAAUCAGCAUCUUAGUGGGCAGAAACAUCUGAAGGCAAAACAAAUUUGGGAUAACAAUAAUCAGAGUGAGAGAACUCCUUUAACAAAUGCCAAUCAAAACAGCCCUGCUCAACAAAACAAAUCUGAUCAGCUAUCUAGCAGAGGUCCAGCUAAAGAGUAUUCAUUUGAUGGAAAUCAAGGCUACUGUCAUGUGUGCAAAAUUGAGCUAACUUCAGUACAACAUGCACAACAACAUUUGAGUGGGAAACCUCACGCCAAAGCAAAAGCUGCUCAAAACUUGGGCAUAAACCAGGUAAAUGCAGAUUUUGGUCAGCAUUCUCCAAAUUCUAAUGGUACUGGUGGCCAGAAUCGUGAAUAUGACUUUUCAGGAGGGAGAGGGUAUUGCCACAUUUGUAAAAUUGAUCUAACUUCCAAAGCCCAUGCAGAGCAGCAUUUGUCUGGAAAAUGUCAUGAAAAGGCUAAAAUGAAAGGAAACAUUGGUAUUUCAACCUCAUUACCCCUGUCUUGUGAGGUUUGUCUGAAAACAUUCUCUGGACCAGAAUGUGCUACUCAACAUUACAGUAGUGCAAAACAUCGCCAGAGAGAGGCUCUUAGUCAGUUACAGAAGCCCAAUUUUCCUAUUGUGAAUCAGACUAUACCAGGAAUUGUAGCUCCUUCCAGUGACAGAACACAUUGGGAGUUUUGUGACGUGUGCAAAGUUCCAUUAAAUUCCCCUGAGCAACUUAACAUCCAUAAAAAUAGUCCCAAGCAUAAGGCAGAGGAGGAGAAAGUAGCCAGAAUGGGAACUAAUGUAGAAGUCAUGAAAACACCAGAUUUCAAAAUGCAUGCCAUUAACCCCAGGGUUCAAGUUCAAGACACUGGUUUCUCACCAGUGAAUCCGAGAGUACAUUUUGCUAGUCAGAAUCAAGGUAAUGGUGAGAUACCUUCAGUUUGUUCAUCUGGACCACAGUCAUUUUUGUCUAAUCAGCCAGGCUGGUUUGCACAAGGACUAGGGGUAGAGGACUUAACACUGGGUACAUUACCCUCUCUCAAUCCUAAUUCCAUAUUAAAUGAUAAUGGGCAGUCAUCUAAUUGGAAGGAAGAAAAUAUUGAUGAUACACUCCCUAAAGAAGUAAAAUUCGAAAAUACAGAGAUUCCAGCAGACCUUGAGGGAAUUCAUGAAGAGAAAAACUUCAAAGAAAAAUAUGUGGAAAAGGAGUUGGAAAAAGAAUCAAUCAAUGAAAAGAUUAACACAUCCUCUUCUUCUCAGUCAAGUUUGGAAAUGCCAGCUCUUGAAAAAAGCAAUAUAAAUACAGGAAUGAAAACUAACAGAGACACAGCUAUGAAAAACAAUAAAGACCUGGAAAAUCUUCAGAGGCAGAAACGGAUUGUCAAUGCUGAUGGAUCAAGACCUCCCGGUGGAUAUCCAUAUCCUGAAAGCAGACCAUCACCAGAUUGCAAAGCUGUUCAAAAUGAAUCCAAGUUAUUAGCCAAUGUAUCAUCCCUUGGAAACUCAAAUCAGAUUUCAUCUCAUUACAAUGGCAUAAGUACUGGUGUUUCAAACGUCAAUAAAAAUGAAACAGGGUAUCAGUUAAGCAGAUCUAGAGAUUCAUCCAGCACAGAAGGCUCUCCAGGGAACAGUGUUGAAAGAGUCAAUUCUGGAAUGAGUGCAGAAUGUGGAAUACAAAGUAACACCACUCAAAAAACUCAAAAUUCAAAAUCCAGUGGCUCAGCAUUGGUGAACCGUUUACCAACCUCCAAGUCAAGAGGGGGAACAAGAAAUGAUGGGACCAAUGUGCCCUUGUAUGGUUCAUCGGAUUCCUCCGAUGAGUCAGACAUUCAGGAGGAGGAGGAUAAAUUUUUUCGCUGCACUAGCUUGGAUGUCAAUAAAAAGUUGCAAGAAGUGGAAGGGAAUGAUUCAUCAAAUGUACCAGCUAAUAACACACCAAUAAGUCAGGGCAACAACAAAAUUGUAAACCCAUACAGAGCUACUCACAAGUAUUACUGUGAUAUCUGCCAACGUCCAAUGAAUUCAAAGAAAGCAUUGAAGGACCACAUGGAGGGCAGAGGGCACAUGCAAAAAGUUGCAGUCUUGCCUGCAGUGCCAAGAGACCAUAGACCCAUUGUGAAGGAAGUUUUCAACCAAGGGAAAACUGACUGUAACCUUACGGCAUGGACUCCCAGGUCAUACCAGAGGGAACUAUAUGGGAGAGCAAUGGAGGGUGACAGAGUUGUCUUUCUUCCUACAGGGACUGGGAAGACUUUAAUUGCCUGUAUGGCCAUCAGUGCAAUGUUGGAGCUGAAUCCUACAAGACAAGCCUUGUUUCUGGUGGACAAAGUUCUGCUUGUCAUCCAGCAGUCCCGUUACCUUAUCAAGCAGAUCGGUGACCGUCUAUAUAACAGGUUUGACCCAGAUAAUCCCUCCCAACUUGAAGAACGGAAGUUAAAAAUAGCUGCUUUGUGUGGUGGGCAGCAGUCCACAGAUGGUGUCCCCAUUUGGCAACAUGACCUAAUUGUAGUAACUGCAGCUUACUGUGAACAGCUGAUUAUGAAGAAUGUUCUGAGGUGGGAGGACCUAUGUAUCGUUGUGUUGGAUGAGGCCCACCACUGUGUUAAGAGUCAUCCCUUUAAGAAGCAGCUGGAGAAUAACCAUUUAACCAUGCCUGUGGCUGAAAGGCCCAAAAUCCUGGGACUAACAGCUUCCCCUGCUGGCAAGAAGACAUUUCCAAUGACUGUCAGCUUACUGAAUGAACUGAUGGAAAGUAUGGGUGGGGCCAAAAUAGCCGUCACCAAGGAGUAUAAAGCUGAGCUGGAAAGAUACCAAUCAAGUGCAGAACUGAUAGUGGACUACAAACCAAUGAGCAUUAAAGAGCAGAAAUUCCAGAAGGAAUUACAACUCUACCUUCUACAGUGUUACUUAAGGUUAUCAGCAGAAACAAACAUACUAGAGCAGUGUGAUUUAGAGGUGAUACCCACAAAAGGCAAUAUUUCGUCAGAGAAGAAAAGCAUGGUUGCCAAAAAUUUACAUGGAGAUAUUCUGAAUUGCUUGGAAGUCACUCUCAAUAAUGCAGUACCCAAUGACACCUCUGCUGCAAGUAGGAUUCUGGUCCGGAACUUGAUCACCCAUACCAGGAAUAUUUGUAUCGCUCUCAAUACUUUGUUUGAAGCUGGUGUUAAAACAGCAGUAGAGGAGUUAGAUGAACUCAUGGCUCUUGAUCCAAAUCUCAAUUUUAACUUUACUAGAGAUAUAGGUCUGAACCCUGACAAUCUUAUAUCUGAGAUUGAAACCAUUCAGGAGUUGGAGCAGCCUAGUUCCCAUGGACCACUGAUUGAUGCUAGUCAACAUUCCUCCAGAAUUGUUGCACUGAUUCAGACCUUGUUAUGUGUGAACCCAAAGUACAUUGACUGGUCCCAAGACCACCCUAUGACUCUAGUCCUUGUCAAAGAGAGAAGCACAGCAAAGAAAAUCAGUGGAAUCUUGCAGGCACAGAAGGAAAUAAUUGAAAAGGGCCUUAAAGUUACCCACCUGGUAGGUCAUGGUGGGGGUUCAGGGGACGGGGAGGGGAUGGCUGUGCAACAACAAAGAAAAAUCCUCCAUGACAUUAAAAAACAUAAGUACCAGAUUGUUAUAGCCACAUCUGUAGCAGAGGAGGGUAUAGAUAUCCCAGAGUGUGAACUAGUGAUAACCAUGAACUUGCCUUCCACUGUCACAGCUCUAGUCCAGAUGAGGGGUCGGGCUCGGAAAGCAAACAGCAAGUUUAUGGUUCUAUGCAAUGAUCAACUGGAGAAGGAUCAGUUGUCAGAGUUAAUGAAAAAGGAAGAUAAUAUGAUCAAGGCAGCCAACUUUUUGUUUGACAGUCAAAAUAGACCAGGGGCAAAAGAAAACUAAAUUUACUCUCUGAAUAACAGUUAAGUAGAGAUGAAUAAGACAACUGAAUCUUUUUAGUAUUUUCUGCCAAAGGAGAAAAUAGAGAAGGGAAGUUUUCUUUACUCUUGUCUAGUUUUGACCAACAAAUAGAAAUGCCCUGAUCAUAUAAACUUAUUCUUGUUUUAACAUAUUGGUUAGGAAUAAGUUUGAAAUGUGUAUAAAAGCAUAGCUACUUAAGUUUCCAAUUGUUGUGGAAACUUUGUCAAAGUACAUUGUUGCUCUACCAUUUUGAAAUAGACUUUGAUGAAGUCAUUUGGUGGUAAAUGAAACAUUUAUUCUUUUUCUUUUUUUUUGCCUUUUACUUUUCAGUACCUGUAUUGAUCAGUAUUUCAAAAAGUUUUUCAAUCUUGAAAUGGUUUAUGCAAUUAUGGUUAUGUGAGCUUCGGUAGUGUUUCUCAAAAUUUCUCUCACUUAUGCUCACUUAUAUUAUGUUGUAUGAUGGGACACAUUAUGGUAUGGUGAUCAUAUCUGCCAUCUGUCUAUCUGUUAAAACUUUUUCAUGUCCGGCUCUUAACUUAAAUACAUUUACAAUGAAGGCGUAUAAAUCAUCUAACUUUGUUGAUGCAUGUCUGAUAGAAGGUGCACUGGGUUUAAAGUUAAGUCACUAUGAUGUUUAAUUACAAAGAUAUGACAAAACCCUGUCCUGCUUUUAACUUGAAAAUUAUUUUGCCUAGAAUCAUCAAACUUGGACAGAUAAUGCAUCUUGGGUAGAAGAUGUCUAGCAGUAGCCUUCACUGUCACCUUUAAUUAAGGUGAUAUACGUAUAAUAUGUUUCAAGGGAGGUAAUCCCUACAAAUGUAUGAGUAAUGCAGUAACCUUUCAAAAAAAAAAUUACAUCAAAAGAUAAAACACAUUUUUUUAGUUAUAUACAGCUAUAUAUACAACAUUUGAUAAAACAGUUCUUUUGCUACUUACAAAAAUGGCAGAAAUACCCAAUAAUAUUUUACUACAUGUAUGCUAAUACUUGACUAGUUCAUAUCACACAACAUUUAUACAGAUAGAGCAAUUCCAUUUGUUCCAUGAGAGUAAUUAUGAUCUAAGGCAUAGAGUUUCUUCAAUUUGGAUUGGACAUUUGAUAAAGAGACACAGAUUGCAUCUAUCAAGUUAAAGAGUAAUUAUAAAUGAGUUUAAUGUAAGAAGGCUACUUUAAAACAUUUCUAUAGGAGCAUCUCUGAUCAAGCAGGUGUUAUCCAUAUAUCUUGGGUAAUGGGCAAAUGAUAG